UGCGGAGCRCGCGGGUCGCGUGGCGGUGCGUGGUUGCUAGGGGCGCCUGAGGUCGUCUGCUCGCCCAGCAGGCGGAGGGAAGGAAGCAGCGCGGAGACGACGCGAAGCCAGGCAAGGGGUUCUCAGGCUGGGCGCUUUCCCGUUUGGACCAAGAGUGAAGAACUUAGCCACAGAAAUAUACUUGCUUUCUUCUAAAUUUGAACUCUGCAGGCUAUAGAAAGAGAGUGACCAUGCUGAAGAGAUUAAGACUCAGAACUACAAGGCUGGUUCAAAGAUUCUGCAUGAGAGGAAACGAUGAAUGAGAAGACAGACUUUCUAUCCCCGAGAGCAACCCAAACUGACGUCUGGGCUCUGGAGUAAAGAAAGCUUUUCUCCUCUUCUUGCCUCUUCAUUCCACUCCCUGAAUACUCCUGUCCAUUGUGGCUGCUGGGAAUAAAGUCACUUUGACAGACUUCAAAGAUGAAGCUGUUGCUACUGGAGAUGUGUGGCACCUUACCUGAGCCAGGCCCUGAGGCCAUGCGGCCAUGAUGUGGGCCCCUCAUGGCCUCAGCAGGAGCAGAGCACUACAGUAUUGGCCUCCGCCCGGGAAGCAACUUCAAGCAGCGAGGUUCCUCAGGAACAGUGCCUGCUCCACCACCUGAGAAACCGUCAGAGUGCAAAGUCUGGUCACAGGCCCAUCAGCAGGUGAAGCCAAUCUGGAAGCUGGAGAAGAAGCACGUGGGCACACUGUCAACGGGGCUGGGCUCAGGCCUCUUAGAGGUUCCACCCCAGCCAGCCUAUUUCUUUUGUCCCAACACUUUAUGUAGCCCUGGGACCACAACCGUCAUUACAGGUCACAGCACCUCCUGUUACCUGCACUCUCUCCCAGACUUGUUCAGCAAUACCCUGCUGUACCGCCGUUCCAACAGUAGGCACAAACCAUACCAGCAAUUGGAGUCUUUCUGCUUGCGCUCAAGCCGAUCAGAAAAAAAACCUUUUUCUUUCCCUCAGAAGAGUCUCCCUGUCAGUCUCACUGCCAGUAAAGCCACUUGUUCCACAGUCUUCCCCAUGGCUCAGCCCAUGGCGUCCUCAUCCACAGAUCCAUACCUCUUACUGGCAGCAGCUGGGGAAAGCCCUUCAAGGAGGAGUCUGGCCUGUGCCAUCUCAGGGAAGAUCCCAUCUCCACUGUCCUCUUCCUACAAGCCCAUGCUGAACAAUAAUUCCUUCAUGCGCCCAAGUAGCACUAAAGUGCCUUUAUCUCAGGCUGUAGAGGGCCUGAAGUCAGUAUCCUCACCCAAGAUCCAGCCUAUCUCCUGGCAUCAUUCAGGGGGUACAGGAGACUAUGCACCCCAGCCUGUUGAUCAUAAGGUGCCCCAAAGCACUGGCACUGUCCUAGAGGAUGCCACUGCCCAUAUCAUCCCUGCUACUCUGUCUACCCCUAGCUCCCUCAACACAUCAACCACCAGUGUUGCCUCUUCUCAGUAUAGCCAGAAUAAAUUAGCCUUGAGGACAGAGCCACAUCCCUAUGUCCUGGAUGACAAUUCAGAUUCCCAGGCUCCAGCUAAAGAGGUUCGUUUCACAGAGGCUGUGAGGAAAUUGACUGCAAAAGGUUUUGAGAAGAUACCCCGACAAGGCUACCAGUUUGAACAGUCUUGUUUUGUGAACCCCAGCCUCCAGUGGAACCUUCUGAACAGGAGCAGGCAGUGGAAACCUGUAGCUGGCCAGCAGUUUCCUCAGGAGGAUGCUGGAUCAGACAGUAGGAACCUUCCUGGUGCCUCGGAUACCGUGGGAUUGGACAGUACAGUCUUCUGUACCAAAAGGAUCAGCAUUCACCUCCUUGCCUCACAUGCCAGUGGGCUCAGUCCCAGCCCUGCCUGUGAGUCUGUAGUUGAUCCCCCACUACCUAGAGAAGAUAAAACUCCUGUUCCCCCUCCUCUCCUUCAGCCCCUUGGGGUAGCUGAAGUGGCCACCCAUCUGUCUUCCAUCCAUCUGGGCCAGCCUGGAAAGGAGGAACUUGAGAAAGGCAGGGAGCUGGCCUCACCUGCUAGGGAUAUUGGUUCAGCAGCUAACCUCCAGCCAGACCAGGUUGAGGCUGAAGAUACAGAAGAAGAACUAAUAGACAGUUUGGAGGACUGCUGCAGCCAUGACGGGAAUGAAGAGGAGGAGGGAGACUCAGAGUGCUCCUCACUAAGUGGUGUCUCACACAGCGAGUCGGUGGCAGUGAUCUCUCGGAACUGUGCGGAGCUUCUUACCAAACCUUCCAUUCAUGAGAAAGUUGUCCGACCAGCCCUUAUCUACAGUCUCUUCCCUAAUGUGCCCCCUACCAUCUAUUUUGGCACUCGAGAUGAAAGAGUGGAGAAACUCCCUUGGGAGCAAAGGAAGCUGCUCCGGUGGAAGAUGAGCACAGUGACUCCCAACAUUGUCAAGCAGACUAUUGGACGGUCACACUUUAAAGUCAGCAAGAGAAAUGAUGACUGGCUGGGCUGCUGGGGUCACCACAUGAAGUCUGCUAGUUUCCGAUCCAUUCGAGAACAUCAGAAGCUAAACCAUUUCCCAGGUUCUUUCCAGAUUGGAAGGAAGGAUCGACUGUGGCGGAACCUGUCUCGAAUGCAAAGCCGCUUUGGCAAGAAGGAGUUCAGUUUCUUCCCCCAGUCCUUUAUCCUGCCCCAGGAUUCCAAGCUCCUGCGCAAAGCCUGGGAGAGCAACAGCCGCCAAAAGUGGAUUGUGAAGCCACCAGCAUCAGCUCGAGGCAUUGGCAUCCAGGUCAUUCACAAGUGGAGUCAACUCCCCAAGCGCAGGCCCCUCCUGGUACAGAGGUAUCUACACAAACCCUACCUCAUCAGUGGCAGCAAGUUUGAUCUGCGGAUCUAUGUUUAUGUCACUUCCUACGAUCCUCUACGGAUUUACCUCUUUUCAGAUGGACUUGUCCGCUUUGCCAGUUGCAAGUAUUCCCCUUCCAUGAAGAGCCUUGGGAACAAGUUCAUGCACCUGACCAACUAUAGUGUCAAUAAAAAGAAUACUGAGUACCAAGCCAAUGCAGACGAAACAGCCUGCCAGGGCCACAAAUGGGCACUGAAGGCUUUGUGGAACUAUCUGAGCCAGAAGGGAGUUAAUAGCGAUGCCAUCUGGGAAAAGAUAAAGGAUGUCGUUGUCAAAACCAUCAUCUCAUCAGAGCCCUAUGUGACCAACCUGCUCAAGCUAUAUGUGCGACAUCCUUACAGCUGCCACGAACUCUUCGGUUUUGACAUCAUGUUAGAUGAGAACCUCAAGCCCUGGGUCCUGGAAGUUAAUAUUUCCCCAAGCCUCCACUCCAACUCUCAGCUGGACAUCAACAUCAAAGGCCAGAUGAUCCGAGACCUUCUGAAUCUGGCGGGUUUUGUUCUGCCCAAUGCAGAGGAUAUUUCCAACUCCAGCAGCCCCAGCAGCUCCAGUGGCUCCAGCACCAGCCUGCCCAGCUCUCCCAGGGACAAAUGUCGAAUGGCACCAGAGCAUUUUACAGCACAGAAGAUGAAGAAAGCCUAUUAUUUGACCCAGAAAAUUCCUGACCAGGACUUCUAUGCAUCCGUGCUGGAUGUCCUGACACCAGAUGAUGUUCGGAUUCUAGUUGAGAUGGAGGAUGAGUUUUCUCGUCGUGGUCAAUUUGAACGAAUUUUUCCUUCUCGGAUCUCUUCUCGCUAUCUCCGCUUUUUUGAGCAGCCACGAUAUUUCAACAUUCUCACCACCCAGUGGGAGCAGAAGUACCAUGGCAACAAGCUCAAAGGAGUAGAUCUGCUUCGGAGUUGGUGCUACAAAGGGUUCCACACAGGGGUCAUCUCUGAUUCUGUUCCACUGUGGUCUCUGCCGACAUCACUUGUGACUGCCCCAAAGGGUGAUGGAGUGCUCAGUGCCUUCUACAGACCGGAGCCUGGCAAGCUGGGAAAGAACAGCUCCUCCAAGGGAAACCUAUUUUCAUCUGAAGACGAGACCAUACCCAAGCCCAAGAAGACUCAAGUUGGCCUUCCCCCUUUCCCCAGGAAACCCAUCUGCUUAAAGGAGAGUGAGAUCACCAGCACAGAGCCCGGCCCUUCCCAGAAGUUACCUGUGAUCAAGUACUCUGGGCGGACUUCCAGACUUUCUGUUUCCUCCACUUCCCAGUCAAUCAGUGACUCCCUCCUGCCUGCUGUGAGCCCAUGACUGGCCUUCACAGCCACUGCCCAGGAGCACCCGUGUCAGCUACCUCAUGGGAACCAUCCUGCUGACCAGCCUUACCCCUGCUACCCCUCCACAUUGCCCCUCAUCAGAGUAUUUUUUGAAGUGGUUGUAUUGCAGAGAUGGGCAUCUGGAGGGCUGACGGGGUGGUGGUGAUGGGGAAAAGGUGAGGAAGGUUCACCCUCUGUCACCUGUCUGCCUGACUGGCACCUCCUAUCUCUGUAGAGAAGUGGGUGACAGCCAAGCAGCCUUAUAAAACAGGGUUUGGUUUCUGUCUU